UCCACCCGCGAGAGAAACUGCUUGGACCCGUUGGACCUCCGGGACUCCGUAAUCCUUUUGCAGAGAUCGAGGGUUUGGAUAAAGACCUUUUACUGCUGCUGCUUGCUGCAAACGAGCAAUCCUUCUUUUCCCGUCGCACACAUCCUAUCCGCAGCCUUAUAAUCCGGGUCACCUUGGCAUUUCUUCGUCUCGUCGUCUCGCAAUACGAGGUAUUUCACGGCCACCCUACCAUCGCAUCCACCCUCCCAUCUUCAUUAUCAUCGACAAAGAUGACCAACGAAAAACUGCAAAACAAGAAGGCGAACCUCUUGUUCAACAAGGAAAAACGAUCCGCCGUCAUCGCGGACACCAAAGCUAAACCCGCCUACUUGAACCAGAGGAGCCUUCUCACGCAUUUCAUCUUUGGACCUUAUGUCCUCUUGCCCAUCAUCUCGUCGUUGGUCUGGCUCGGAGGUCUGUUGGCUUUGAUCGGGCUGUGGACUAGUCAGGGGAAGCCCAAGUACAGGGGAGACGAGGCCUCUGUGGUCUUUGUGUCCGAUGUCGGUGCCGCCAACCAUACCCUCUUCAUCUGCAUCACCGUCCUCACCGCCGUCUUUUACGUGCUGUCCCUCUGGGCUGAGCGUUGGUUGCGUCACAUGGACCGACUGCCCGAGGAUGUGAGGAAGCGGGAAAGGGUUUUGGACUGGCUUGCCAUUUUCUUCGGGACGAUCGGUGGGAUCGCCUUGAUCAUGCUCGGUGUGUUCGACACUUUCGACUACUCUACCGUACACUGGUCGAUGACCGUCAUCUUCAUCGUCGGUGUGGCCAUCUCUGCAAUCUUCCAAUCUGCUGAAAUCUUCGCCUUGAAGAAGGAUCACCCUGAUAGGCAACACUUGAGGAGGAGCGCCUUCAUCAAGGUCUUUGUCGCUACCACUGCCAUUGCUGCCGCCAUCACGUUCGCCGGACUCUACGGUGCUUGUAAGGGUGAUGCCGACACUCCCCGAUGCAACAACAUCACUAGCGGCGCCGCCGGUGUCGAAUGGGGUCUGGCUUUCUGGUUGACUUUCUACAUCCUGAGUUUGGUCCUUGAUCUCUGGCCCGCUGGAAAGACCUCGCCCAGGUACCUCCGACGUCUCGCCAAGUGGCAAGAACAGAACGAACCUCACAACCUCGAGCACGACUUUACCGGACGAAACGCCUUUGCUGCCUACCCCGAACGAUGGCAAGGAGCCGACGGACAGGCUCUGCCCGAGAACGCCCCCGUCGACUCUGGGGUUGUCGCUUACCCUGUCCCCGCCGGUUCUCCUCCCGCUCACGGUUACAGCAACUCUACCGAGCCUUUGCCUCUGUCGGCUACUCCUCAUAACUUUGAAGGUGCUGGAUACAGGGAGAGCUACGAUAGGAGUGCCAGACCUAGCACGACUUAUGGGAGCGAUACCGGGCUGGUAGGAGGGAGGCAGUACGCCUAAAAGGUCGAUAUGGAAGGCGUGGACAAGAAAGUCUCGUCUCGUCGUUUGCCUACACUCUGGUCGAACAAUAACAUUCAAACACGAUACCCCUACAAGCUACCAGGAACAUACGUAUAAUAUUCUCGCCCUGUACUACCUCUUUGCGUGUUACCACUGUAGCUAUUAUCACUACCUGCCCAGAUCCCAUAGACAUGAGCGAUUCACAACGUCACUGUCAGCCCUCGGUGGCAUUUACGCCCGAUUGAGAUUUAAUUCGGUGAAUGAC